GACAGGCGGUGGAUCGGCUCGUUGUUGCGCCGCGGUAGGACCGGAGUUUCCUCGGCGCGCUCCACCGUGCGCUCCUGGACUCUGAGGACGGAGAGCCGAUCAUGGAUCACCACCAUCACCAUUAUCACCAUCACCAUCAUCUUCUUCCUUUUCUUCAACAUCAUCACCACUCUUCUUUACUUUCUUCUCCGCACCGCAAGAUUACACGGAGAGCGCACUAAGACAAAAAACACAAGAACAAACCUCUGUGGCUUUCUGACUGAUUUCCAUUCUGGGAAACUUUUGUUAUUAAUUGACCGUAAAAUCGUCUGGAAUGGAGCUCUCAACUUUCCUGCUGUCUAGUCUUGCCCUGCUCUUCAUUGGAGGGGAUAUUUUCACCAGGGCCAUGCUGAGUGACAUUGGGGACUAUGUAGGUACUGACAUUGAAAUAUCCUGGUUACCUAAUCUGGAUGAUUUAAUGAAGGGCUAUGCGAGAAAUUUUCGCCCUGGGAUAGGAGGCCCGCCAGUGAACGUGGCCAUGGCCAUAGAGGUGGCAAGCAUUGACCACAUCUCAGAAGCCAACAUGGAGUACACCAUGACCGUGUUCCUCCGGCAGAGCUGGCGUGAUGACCGCCUGUCCUACAACCACACCAACAAGACACUUGGGCUGGACAGUCGCUUCGUGGACAAGCUCUGGCUGCCUGACACUUUCAUCGUCAAUGCCAAGUCCGCUUGGUUCCAUGACGUCACUGUGGAGAACAAGCUGAUCCGCCUGCAGCCUGAUGGGGUCAUCCUCUACAGCAGCCGUAUCACUUCAACAGUGGCAUGCGAUAUGGACCUGACCAAGUAUCCCAUGGAUGAACAGGAGUGCAUGCUGGACCUGGAGAGCUAUGGUUAUUCCUCAGAGGACAUAGUGUAUCACUGGUCAGAAAGUCAGAGACAUAUCCAUGGCCUGGACAAGCUGGAGCUCUCCCAGUUCACCAUCACAGACUAUCGAUUUGUCACUGAGAUGAUGAACUUCAAAUCUGCGGGACGCUUUCCAAGGCUCAGCCUUCGCUUCCAGCUGAGACGUAAUCGAGGAGUUUACAUCAUCCAGUCAUAUAUGCCCUCUAUACUACUGGUUGCCAUGUCCUGGGUGUCCUUUUGGAUCAGUCAAUCAGCAGUUCCUGCCCGGGUAUCCUUAGGGAUCACAACGGUGCUGACCAUGACCACCCUGAUGGUAAGCGCCCGCUCCUCCCUGCCGCGAGCAUCAGCCAUCAAGGCGUUAGAUGUCUACUUCUGGAUUUGUUAUGUGUUUGUGUUUGCGGCGCUCAUCGAGUACGCCUUCGCUCACUACAACGCUGACUACCGACUCAAAGAGAAGGCCAAGGUCAAAGCUAACAAGCUGAGCUCUGAGUCCAUAGUGAAGAACGGCAAGCAGGCCAUGGUGCUGUUUUCCCUCUCGGUCACGGGGAUGAACCAGGGAGUGAUGAUCUCCAACCGCCACGGCCGGGCCCAGCGCUCUGGGGUUGAAAUCCCCGGUGAGGUGGGCACCGACGAGGCCGAACCGAGGAGGAGGAGAUCCAGGCAGGUGGAGGAGACCGAGGAGGAGAGGAAGUGCUGUGCCAAGUGCGUCUGCAAGCCCAUCGAUGCCGACACCAUCGACAUCUAUGCCAGGGCUGUGUUUCCCUUCACGUUUGCCGUGGUGAACGUAAUUUACUGGGUAGCGUACACCAUGUGAGCAGAGGACAGGAGGACUCUGUGAUUGGCUGCCGUCCAUGGCUGUAUAUAGAAGAAAAUCGGGGAGAUGUGCCACUUUGAAUACUCAGCGGAUUGGUGCAACCAACAUAUAUACUGUAAGCCAGUGGAGUGAAACUUCAAGAGGAAUGAAGUUAUGGCCUCUAAAUAUCAAAAUGUGGUUAAUAGCGGAAGUAGUUAAGAGUUUAAAAAGUAUGAGCAGGACUUCAUGUCUUCAAGUACACAGUGCUGUAAAAGGCAAGGGACUCCAUGAGCCUUGAGUAGCGACGCGUUGCUUAUCGAAGGUUCACUGAAUGACAACUUCGCUCUCAACUUUUGAACUUUUUCUGGCCAUCUUACCUACAACACCAUACGCAGUGAGCGCAGCCGACGUGGAACUCCAUCCAGAUUUCAUUACAAGGACAUUACAAGAAAACAUCCUGCUUGUACACCCGCAAUAUACUGUAUGUAGACUGACCACAUACUCACAGAUAAGUGUAGUUAGCUUAACUAACUCAUAGCCACAAUCUGGAGUGAACCGCCUACUAUCUUGCAAAGCAAGGAGCUGCCCAAAAAACAGGAUGACAAGAUGAGGUGUAUAACUACUCUGCAUGGCUGAUACCUCACUCAUCCCCAUCCCUUCCAUCCCUUCCCUCUCUCUCUCUCUCUCUCUCUCUUUCUCUCUCUCUUUCUCCACCCAACCACCCCCACCCACCUCCCCUGAUUCAUUUUUCGUUUAGGACGCAGAGUGGAGUGUCUUAUCUCCCUCUGCCAGUUCUGCCUGUUUCCUCUCCAUUAAAGGACUUCCUCCACUA